GGCAGGCGCCAUGUUGCUUGAGCAGAACGGGGGUAGGUGGCGUCGGUGGUGAUUGCUCCGAAUCGUCUUCUCCCUCCUCCUCCUCCUCCUCCUCUUCCUCCCCCCCUUUUCCCCUACCCACCUGCUCACCCUCUUUCCUUCCUUCCCUUCCCCCACCUCGCCUUCCCGGGGGCUGCAGCGGAGCGGGCUGAGGGGGCAGCUCCCUGCUCCGGGAGGCGGCGCAGCAUGAGCGUCGGCGGGGGGCGGGUGUGCGACCUGUCCCGCAGGAACCCCCAGGAAGACUUCGAGCUCAUCCAGCGCAUCGGCAGCGGCACCUACGGCGACGUCUACAAGGCUCGGAAUGUUAACACAAGUGAAAUGGCUGCAAUUAAAGUAAUAAAAUUAGAACCAGGUGAAGAUUUUGCUGUUGUGCAGCAGGAAAUCAUUAUGAUGAAAGAUUGUAAACAUCCAAACAUUGUUGCUUAUUUUGGCAGCUAUCUCAGACGUGAUAAAUUGUGGAUUUGCAUGGAGUUCUGUGGAGGUGGUUCAUUACAGGACAUUUACCAUGUGACUGGACCACUUUCAGAACAGCAGAUUGCUUAUGUAAGCAGAGAGACACUGCAGGGAUUGUAUUACCUGCACAGUAAAGGAAAAAUGCACAGAGAUAUAAAGGGAGCAAAUAUUCUUUUAACUGAUAAUGGCCAUGUGAAGUUGGCCGAUUUUGGAGUAGCAGCACAAAUAACAGCUACAAUUGCAAAAAGGAAAUCUUUCAUUGGAACUCCAUAUUGGAUGGCCCCUGAGGUUGCUGCUGUUGAAAGGAAAGGUGGAUAUAAUCAACUUUGUGACCUUUGGGCUGUUGGGAUUACUGCUAUAGAACUAGCAGAACUUCAGCCUCCAAUGUUUGAUUUGCAUCCCAUGAGAGCACUGUUUUUAAUGUCAAAAAGCAACUUUCAGCCUCCCAAACUAAAGGACAAAAUGAAAUGGUCAAAUAGCUUUCAUCAUUUUGUCAAAAUGGCACUCACAAAGAAUCCUAAAAAAAGGCCUACAGCUGAAAAACUAUUGCAGCACCCUUUUAUUACCCAGCCUUUAAGCCGGACUCUUGCUAUUGAACUAUUGGAUAAAAUGAAUAAUCCUGAUCAUUCCACCUAUCAUGAUUUUGAUGAUGAUGAUCCUGAGCCUCUUGUACCUCAUAGAAUUCACUCAACAAGUAGAAAUGUGAGAGAAGAAAAAACACGCUCUGAAAUAAACUUUGGUCAAGUAAAAUUCGAUCCUCCUUUAAGAAAGGAGACAGAGCCACAUCAUGAGUUCCCUGACAGUAACGAUUUUUUUGACAGUUCAGAAGAAAUAUACUACACUGCAAGAUCUAAUCUGGAUUUGCAGCUAGAAUAUGGUCAUGGUCCUCAUGGCAGUUAUUUCUUGGGUGCAAAUAAGAGUCUUCUAAAAUCAGUUGAAGAAGAACUACAUCAGCGGGGACAUGUAGCACAUCUAGAAGAUGAAGAUGAAGUGGACAGUGAUGAUUCCAAACAUUCAACCAUGAAAGCAAAGGUGCCACCGCCUUUGCCACCAAAGCCUAAAUCCAUCUACUGUCCACAGGAAAAUCAUACUUCUGAGGAUGAUAAUCAAGGAACUAUUAAAAGAUGUCCUAUUACAGAGAGUCCUGCAAAAUCAAACACUCAAGUCCCUCCUAGACCACCACCCCCUCUACCUCCACAGAAAUCAAAUAUUUUAGGUAAUGGAUUUAAUUCUGCAUUAAAUGGUGACAAGGAAAGUUCUCAUCAAGAACCAAGUGAGAAUAGGCACACUAAUCCUAGGAAAGAAAGAAAGGAAAUAUUGAAGCCAAUUAGUAAUGCUCCUCCUACACCAAAAGUACAUAUGGGUGCUUGUUUUUCAAAGGUUUUCAAUGGAUGCCCCUUGAAAAUUCACUGUGCAACAUGGAUAAAUCCUGAUACAAGAGAUCAGUACUUAAUAUUUGGUGCUGGAGGUAUUUAUACCUUGAAUCUUAAUGAACUUCAUGAAACAUCAAUGGAACAGGUUUUCCCCCGACGAUGCACAUGGCUAUAUGUAAUGAACAAUUGCUUGCUGUCAAUAUCUGGUAAAGCUUCUCAGCUUUAUUCUCAUAAUUUGCCAGUAUUUGACUAUGCACGGCAAAUGCAGAAGUUACCAGUGGCUAUACCAGCACAUAAAUUACCUGACAGAAUACUUCCCAGGAAGUUUGCAGUAUCUACAAAAAUCCCAGAUACCAAAUGGUGUCAAAAAUGUUGUGUGGUGAGGAAUCCUUAUACAGGACACAAAUACCUUCUGGGGGCACUACAGUCUAGUAUUAUUCUACUAGAAUGGGUUGAACCAAUGCAGAAAUUCAUGUUAAUCAAGCACAUAGACUUUCCUGUACCAUGUCCAUUGAGGUUGUUUGAAAUGCUUGUGGUGCCUGAACAGGAAUUCCCUUUGGUUUGUGUUGGUGUCACUAAAGGAAGAGAUUUCAACCAAGUAGUGAAAUUUGAAACUAUCAAUCCAAAUUCUACCUCUUCAUGGUUUACAGAAACAGAUACUACACAGACAACUGUUGUACAUGUAACACAACUGGAGAGAGAUACCAUUUUAGUCUGCUUGGAUUGCUGUAUAAAAAUUGUAAAUUUGCAAGGCAGAUUAAAAUCUAGUCGAAAACUGUCCUCCGAACUCACCUUUGAUUUCCAAAUUGAAUCAAUAGGUGAUUGCUUACAAGAUAGCGUUUUGGCUUUUUGGAAGCAUGGAAUGCAAGGCAGGAGUUUUCGUUCAAAUGAGAUCACCCAGGAAAUUUCUGACAGUACAAGAAUAUUUAGACUCCUUGGAUCUGACAGAGUUGUGGUACUGGAAAGUAGACCAACAGAUAACCCUACUGCCAAUAGCAACUUGUACAUCUUGGCAGGUCAUGAGAACAGUUACUGA